AUGGUUGGUGAUGAUCUGGUGGACAUUGAAGCUUUGGCCGUCAAUCAUUCUUUGGUUUCGAAUAGAGUUUGGGAGGUGGUUCAUUCUAAGGAGAGCAUUCUUUGCCAAAAAGCGAGAUCUAUUUGGCUUAAGGAAGGAGAUUCCAAUACUCGUUUCUUUCACAAGGUUGUGAAACAUAGCAAUAGGAGGAAUUCGGUUGUAGGUUUGAAUGGGAUUACGGAAGAGGUGGAUUUAGCAAAGUUGUCUUUGGAGGAUUCCAUGGGUUUGGAGGUGCCUUUCUUGGAAGAGGAAGUGAGGGAUGUGAUUUGGAAUUCUGACGGGGAUAAAAGUCCGGGUCUUGAUGGCUUUAAUAUGGGAUUUUAUAAGAUUUGUUGGCCAUUUUUGAAGAAAGAUAUCUUGAACUUUGUUAAUGAGUUUUUCGAGUGUGCUAUUCUUCCUAAAGCGGUUACGGCUUCUUUUCUUUCUCUAAUUCCGAAGCAUGUAUCGUAUUUUGGCAAAGUUGUUAGCGUAAAGAAUGAAGAAGGUGAUAGGAUGGGUUUUGGUGAAAGAUGGAGGAGAUGGAUGGAAGCGUUGGUUUUUAAUAGCUCUAUGUUGAUUCUUGUCAAUGAGAGUCCGACUAAAGACUUUGUUGUUUCUCGUGGUCUUCAUCAAGGGGAUCCGCUUUCUCUGUUUCUUUUUCUUUUAGUGGCGAAAGGCUUGACGGUGUUGAUGAAUAGAGCUUCGAGUUUGGGUGAUUAUGUUGGGUUUAAAGUUGGUCAUGAUGUGCAUUUUGAGAUCCUUCAAUUCCCACAUGAUACGCUCUUGAUUGGCGAUGGGUCGUGGAAUAACAUGUGGAGCGCUAAGGCUAUUCUAAGGGGAUUUGAGUUGGUUUCCGGUCUUAGAGUUAAUUUGUCUAAAAUCCGAUUUGUGGGGCUUAAAUUGGAGCCGUGUUUUAUUCAAGCGGCUUCAACCUUCCUUAAUUGUAUGGUGGGAUCUUAUUCCUUCUCUUUCCUGGGGAUUCCGGUUGGGUUCAAUCAUAGGAGGAGGGAAGUGUGGAGGCCGGUGGUGUCGAAGUUGCGGAAAAUGUUGGAAUCUUUGAGAUUUAGACACUUAUCGAUUGUGGGAGGGUGGUGCUUUUAA